CCCAUGCUAAAGUAUAAGUGCCCUUUAAUAUUUAAUCCUAUCAUCUCUCCUUAUACCCUUUAUAUACCCCUUACUCUUAUUUUGUCCUUCCCCACAUUAUUCUUCAAGCUUAAACCAUCCAUUGGCACACUAGCUAGCCAGCUCUAACUUUCUAAAUCAUGUCUGGCGUUUGGACAUUCAAAAAUGGUGUGGUUCGCCUUGUCGAGAACCCUGCUGGUUCGGACUCCAACCAAAGCUCGAGCCAACGUAAGAAGGUCUUGGUCCAUACAUCCACUGACGAAGUGAUGACUUCUUACUCGGUUCUUGAGAGGAAACUUCUCGCUUUAGGAUGGGAGAGAUAUUACGAUGAUCCUGACCUACUUCAAUAUCAUAAGAGAUCGACAGUUCACCUUAUUUCUCUCCCGAGGAACUUUAGUAAGUUUAAAUCCAUGCACAUGUAUGACAUAGUUGUCAAGAAUAAGAACAUCUUUGAUGUUAGAGAUACUACCGCCUAG